AUGUGUGACUACCAAUUUUUAAGUUCAGAAAAUGCGCCGUCUUUUGGAAAGUUCUACUCACCAAGGUAUCCCUCCACGUAUCCAAAAAACAUCAGGUGUUCUUACAGGUUUCGAGCCAGAUAUAAGGAAAGGAUACGGAUUUUAUUUGAAGAAAUAGCGCUACAAAAGGGAGAUUUAAGCUGUCUCAAUCGGGCAGAUUUGAUUCGCGUCUACGAUGGCAGAUCAUCUUCGGACCCCACGAUACGAGUUCUUUGCAACGAAGGCAACGAGCUGGAGAUUUUUUCCACAGGGCCUGAGUUGUACAUCGAAUUCGUUGCGAAUUCCAAUACGCCCGGACAAGGAUUCAAGGGCAAAUUUCAAUUUGAAUCUAUCAAAGAAAAAAAUACAGAAUUGCAACGAAGCGGUCGCCCACAGUUAUCGUUGUCAACAGAAACCGAACCAAAUGUCAGCGAAACCAGUAAGUUUAAUUAA